AUGAUGUUCGUAGCAGUUGUAAUUCUAUUCGCUUCGGUUUUGUAUUUGCUGAGAGGUGUCAAUCAAUGCCAGCGAUCAUGUCCAGCCGUAAUAGGAACAACCAGUAAUUCAAGUGUCAGUGCAGUUUUACAGAAUAAUGACGAAAUUAAGUCUACGUCUAAAAUUCAUGAAAAGAUAUCUACAGUGUUUAAGAAAUCAAAGACAACUAAACCAAAAAAUAAGCCAAGUUUUACGGUUCAACAUUUAGAAGAGGGUCAAAAAACUUCGACACAUAACAUAUCUACGACACUGAGCGUACCCAGUUGCGAUGAACAAGUUCUAAGGGAAAUAGGUUUAUCGUCGUGUUCUAAAGAAAACGUAAUACGAACAGCCAGUAAGAACAUAAUUGUCGGAAGGUUUAAGUAA